AUGAGCAUUCCAUCGCUGACACUGCGUGAUGGCAAGACAAUUCCACUGCUCGCCUUUGGCACCGGCACAACAUGGUUCAAAGCUGGCAGCGCCAGCCUCGACAACCAUCUCGUGCAAACUACCAAAGCCGCCAUCCAAAAGGGCUUUUAUCAUCUAGACUGUGCCGAAAUGUACGGCACCGAUGAAGAAGUGGGCAUUGCAAUCAAGGAGGCCGGCGUGCCUCGCGAGAAGCUGUUUGUGACCAAUAAAGUAUCGAAUAAUAUCCAUGAUAUUCGUGGUGCGGUUGAGCAGGGACUGAAGAAAAUGCAGCUAGAUUAUUUCGACCUAUACCUCAUUCACAGCCCACACUUUGCCAAAUCAGACGCCGAUCUGCAACAGGCCUGGAAGGAAAUGGAGCAGAUCAAAAAAUCCGGCAAAGCGCGCUCCAUCGGUGUGAGCAAUUACCUCCGUCCGCACAUCGAAGCCACGCUCAAGACAGCUGUGGAGCCGCCCGUGAUAAACCAGCUCGAGUACCAUCCAUACUUACAGCGCGCCAAUGGGUUUGUGCCGUGGAUGCAACAAAACGGCAUCCAAGUAGCGUCCUACAAAGGUCUAACUCCGGCCGUUCGCUGUCCACAGGGCCCAUUGCACGAACCGCUAGUGAAAAUGGCCAAGGCUCAUGGUAGAGAUGUAUCGGCUGCGGCGAUUUUGCUGGCAUGGAUGAUGCAGACGAAUAUCGUGGCGGUGACGACGACAACCAAAACUGAGAGGCUGGAUGAGUAUGCGCUGGCGUUGGGGGUGACUCUGACGCCGGAGGAGGUUCAGGAGAUUUCGGAUCUGGGCGCGACGUAUCAUUUACGGAUGUCUUGGGUGCAGUUUUACGAGAAGAACGAUCGGUCGUAG